AUCUGAUGUUGGACUCCACCACAUGGAAUUUAAGCUGUUGGGCCCUGAAACUUUAUUCAGCAGUUGGAAACCAUUCCACAGCUUUCCUCCUUCACCCUCCCACUUGCGAUUAAUGCACAGGCAUGAACACCUAUUGAGGAAAACCACACAGGACUUCAACCAGUGACUACGUUAUCAGGUCACUAGUUACUUCCAGUCACUGUGAGUUUGCUGAAAUGAAGACUGUGCAUUCUACACUUCUCCUGCUACUGUUCGUGCCUCUGACACAGCCAGCACCACAAACUCAACUCGACUCACAAACUAACUAUGAGUAUGGAACAGAUUAUUUGGAAGAAACAAAAUUUAGCCAGGACUAUGAAGAUAAAUACCUGCAUGGAAAAAAUACUAAGGAAAAGGAAACCAUGAUAAUUCCUGAUGAAAAAAGUCUCCAGUUACAAAAAGAUGAGGUUGUACCAUCAUUACCCACCAAGAAAGAAAAUGAUGAAAUGCCUACAUGCCUGUUGUGUGUCUGUUUAAGUGGCUCUGUCUACUGUGAAGAAGUUGACAUUGAUGCUGUGCCACCAUUGCCAAAGGAAUCAGCUUAUCUUUAUGCACGAUUCAACAAAAUUAAAAAGCUGACAGCCAAAGAUUUUGCAGAUAUGCCUAACUUAAGAAGACUUGAUUUUACGGGAAAUUUGAUAGAAGAUAUAGAAGAUAGUACUUUUUCAAAACUUUCUCUGUUGGAAGAACUGACACUUGCUGAAAACCAGCUAGUAAGACUUCCAGUUCUUCCUCUGAAGCUCACUUUACUUAAUGCUAAAUACAACAAAAUCAAGAAUAAAGGGAUUAAAGCAAACACAUUCAAAAAACUGAAUAAGCUCUCUUUCCUCUAUUUGGACCAUAAUGAUCUGGAAGCUGUGCCUCCUAAUUUACCAGAAAGUCUCCGUGUAAUUCACCUUCAGUUUAACAGCAUAUCUUCAAUUACAGAUGAUACAUUCUGCAAGGCUAAUGACACUCGUUACAUCCGGGACCGAAUUGAAGAGAUUCGCCUGGAGGGCAAUCCAAUUGCUCUGGGAAAGCAUCCAAACAGUUUCAUUUGCUUAAAAAGAUUACCUAUAGGAUCAUACUUUUAAAAACCAUCAAUGCAGUGUAUAAUCUAAAGUAGCGUACCUAAUGUCUUAAAGGAACAUAAACAUUAGCUUACUAUUAUCAUUUUAUCUCACUAUUAUAGAACUUUAUGUUUAAUCAAUGAUGUCCAAAAUUAUUACAUUUUUUCUUACAUGUUACUAUAAAAAUAAUCCAAACUGAAUCUCUUAGUUCAAAACAAAAUGAUAUGAAACUAAACAACAUUAAAAACCCCUUGUAGUUUACACUGCACUACAUCUAAACAGUGUGCUUUUAUAUAAACACUCACAUGAGAUCCACCAUUCCCAAGACUAAUGAAGUAAGAGAAUGCCAAGAAACAUUCAACUGUUUGUCUUUCUUAACAUUUACUGUAUUUCAAAAGCAUUUAAGGCGACGUUCCAAGAAACUGUGAAAAGCCCAAUGUUCCAAGUGACCGUCCACUGACUUUAUGACUCAUCAGCAUUCUCCAUGAAGCAGAAACCUUUUCUGGUACGGCAGCUAUUUUAUUGUAUUUCUCACUUAGUCUAAGGAAAAGGGUAGCCACAUCUAGGCAAAACUUUCCAGUAAAGUAAAAUUCUACUCUUUGGUAUAGAACCAAUUUAGAAAAAUUCAGUUUUAUGCUUUGUGGUCACACAAAUAGUCUUUAGUCAAUUACUUAAAAAAAAAUUCUAAGAAAAAAAAUCAAAAUUCUACUCAUUUUCUCUGAGAGCAAUAAGAGCCCUUUACUCUAAAGAUUCUCAAACAUGAAAUGAGUGUAAACUUUUCACAGUAUAGGAAGGAUUUCAUCAAUAAAUCUGUUCAAAUAUAAGAAAUUUAAACAAAGUCUUUUGUGUUGUGCUGUACGUAGAGCUUCAGCUAUACAUAUGUUCACCCAAACUGAACACUCACAAUCCAUCCAGAAGCAGCACUUCUCAAUGGCCAUGAUUUCCAGAUACAUGGAACAGAGAAACCCAACCUUCUGUCUAACAAUCAUGACUGAACAAUGCAGAUUAAAGUUCCUACAUUAACCCUCAGAGGAAGGUGCAUAUAGCACACUCACAAAUAUUAGUCUACAUAUUACUUUGGAGUUGAACAUAAAAUUAACAAUGUUUUAGAAAUAAUUAUCUUUUAUAUACAAAAGUACCACGUUAGAAUCUGCAUGCUUUUCCUAGAAUACUCAAGCAUUUGGUGUUUUGCCCCAAUGCAGACUGACCCCCUUCUCUCUCAUGUUAUGGCUGACCCCAGACAAAACUCUUCAUUAAAGCACUUGUGACCUAUGAGACCAUACUAAUGACUCUAAUAAUGUUUACUAGUUCAUUCAUUUGAUGUUAUAGUAAAUUUAUCCCAUUGUGUCAUUUUGUGUGCAUGUCUCAGUUUCUCUGUGGUUAAACACUCACUAGGAUUACUGAACACAGUUCUACCUUUUACACUUGUAUGGUACCUAAUAGUACAUUUGAAUUAAAUAUGCAAUAAACAUUGUAAAAUUUAUCGAAAUAGAAGGGUAUUGCUUAUAUGGAUUAAAAACAAACUAGUAUAAUCUAGAAUAAAUCAAUGAAAAUAGAGUGACAAGACUGAAACAAUGGAUAAUAUACAGGCACGCCCUUUAAUUUUCUGACUUUCACAAGAAAAAUAUACUCAUAUAUACAUACAAACACAGUUUGGUAUUUUGGGGGUGUGUAUUGUUCUGGGGUCUGAACACAGUGCCUUGUACAUGCUAGACAACAUUCCCAGCCUUCUAUAUUAAAGAACUCUAUUCUCA